GUUUGUAUGAAAAUAUAUAUGAAAAAGUAAAGAGUGAAAUAAAUGCAGAGUACAAAUACAAAUUAAAAACGCACUCUGAAUAUAGGCGGUUGAUGACGUGUGUGCCGUGGAAGGACAAUUGUGGCGUCGCUAAAUUGUAAUGGCGAAAAUGUGAUUGGUAAUAAAAAUAGUGUUUAUAUUUUACUGAAAAAUAUUUACACAGGUGUGAGAAAUAGAAAGAAACGUGUGUUGAAAAAGCAAAUUUAACUAAGCUGUUUUAUCUUUUAAAAUAAAUAGCUUACAAAAAGUAAAGUAAACUAAACGAAAGGGAAAAUAAUAAUUAACGGAGAAUAGUGAAUUGUUAAGAUACUGCAGAUUGAGAUAUAUGAAGUUUUAUGAAGGCGAAAUUGUGACUUAAUUUUUGAACGAAAAUCAAUUAAAUGCAGAUAAACAAAGCACAUACAACAAAUAUACGCAACGAAGCGCAGCAAUAAAGUAUAAAAAGUUUAUAGGAAAGCCAGUAACGAAAGGACAUAAAUAAAAACAGCAAAAACAAACAACAGUGCUGAGUGUGAGCGACUGUAACGCGCUGAAGUGGAAGCGACGGGAACUGAGAGGAACGACCGGAACGCACACGUACGAGUGCAUGCGAUGGACCGAGAACGACAACGCGGUUAAGGUCAACACAACAAAAACUCAACACAUAUAGAGUAAGAUAAAUAAAUAAAGAAGAAGCAGCGCGCACACAUAGCAAAGGCAACUAGUGAAUGGUGGCGAGACGACAAUAAAUGCAAACAAACAAAAAAGUGUGCGGAGCGAAAAUAGAAGAGCAGCGCGUUGGGGUUUGUGAUUUUUGCGAUUUUUAUGACCACAGGCGUUGAACACAUAACGGCCAACAAAAGACAAACAACGGCGAAUUGAAAUUAGAAAGGUAAACAAGCGAGAGUAAGAAAAACACAACUUAGCAUUGACGCGUGAUAAAGGGGAAAGAGAGAAGAGAAGCGAAAGUAGAAAGUAGAAAGCGAAAGAAGUUGAAUGAGAACAGGACACAGCAACUGCAAAAGGCAGUGAAGUGGAAAAGUGAAUGUGUAAGCGAAAAUAGAAGUACCGCUUAGAAAAUUUAGUGCUUUGCGGAAGCGCCGAUUCAGCGAGCGGAAGUCAAGUCAAGAGCGCUACUGAGAAAGGAGAAGAGGAGGAGAAAGAAGCAGAAAAGAAGAAGAAAAAACUUGGAGUUGGUUGAUAGAACAUUUAAGACUAUGUAAUAGCAGAGAUCAGAAAAUUUAAGGAAAAUCACACACACACACACCACAAAAAACUGCCAGAACCGCAGGAACGUAAAAGAAUUCGCUUCAACUGCAUACCGCAAGGCUAGUAAAUCAAAGCAUUUUAUAUUUUUUAAAACAAAGUAUUCGAAAAAAACAUAUCAAAAGAAUUUUACUGUAACCCUUAUAAUUUUCAUAGCGUUUCUACCAAGCGCACCAAGCCAUAAAAUAGAAGCGACUAAACACAGAAACUAAUUGCCAAGCAAAAAACAAAAAAAAAAAAACUAAAAAAAAGAACGAGGCUAAUUAUGCACAAAAGUAACAAAAAAAAGUAAGAAAAAUUACGUCUAACGAAUUUGUAAAUAAACAACGUACGGCGCCCAAAAGUAUGCCAACUAAUUGCACAAAUAAAUAAUCACGUGACACUAGCCAAGCAAACGUUGCGUAGCGGCUUGCAUAGCAAACUCAUAUCAGCAGUACGCAAUCAGCGAAAUCGGCAAGACAUAAAUUAAGCCUAAUUGAGGUAUAAAUUUAGGCGCGCAACACAUACAAAUUUCAGCUAAAGCACUAACGCAAUAAAAGCAAAGCACACAAAGUGACUUAUUUUGACGUGCGACGGUGAUAGAGCGGAAAAUCUAGACAGACGCAGCGAAGAAGCUGAAAGCGCGAGUGUGUGAGCGAACGAGUAAAGUGAACUUGCAGCGAAUAACGAACUUCCACUCGCACACCAACUAUCAACUACUAGUCAAUCGCACACCCAUACACACACACACACAUACAUACCCUCCUUUCACAACUGCAAAAAUUAAUAUCACACAACGGCAAAGAUGGCGUUCAUUUGGCGUCGCCGCUCAGCAUCCAUUGUGAAAAUCGUGGCCAUACUCACCGCCAUCUGGUUCACUGUUGCCUUUUUCAUCUACAACGAUGACACGCGCAGUAGCAGCGAUACCAAAUGGAACGGCAUGUCGUUGGCAUUGAAAAGUGUUGCAGGUGGCGGCGGCGGCGCGCCAGUCAAUGUGCCUGAUGGCGAGCAGGGCAUUUAUGAGGCCGGUGGCGGUUUCGGUGUAGAUCGCGGCGGUGCGAUUGUCGACGAUGGUGGCGCGAAUGGCGUGAAUGAUGUUGAUGCACCAGAUGGGAGAGGGCGUGGUGAGCAGCGUCGUGGUGUUGGUGAUGUGCCGCCACUCGAAAAUAAUCAACUACUUGCAAACGAAGAUGUCGGCGCGGCCGCCGGUGGCGAUGACGGCGUAGAUCCAGGUAUUGUUGCGCCUGACCUUAAUGUGGACGAUGAAUCAGUGCAGAAUAAUGUGGUGGUGGCGCAACCCAACGAGAAGGUUUAUCGUGGCAAAUUGAUUGCGGGCAAUAAGCUCAGCAGCAGUGGCGGCAAAAGGAAUGGAGAAGAUCUUGAUAAAGGCGUGCUCAUCGCACCAUCGCCGUCCAAGGAUGCACCUGGCGAAAUGGGUAAACCGGUAGUGUUGCCAACCAAUAUGACAGAGGAGAUGAAGAAAGCCGUCGACGAUGGUUGGACGAAGAAUGCUUUCAAUCAAUAUGUAUCCGACAUGAUAUCAGUGCAUCGAUCAUUACCGGAUACACGUGAUGCGUGGUGCAAGGAACCAGGCCGCUAUUUGAAAAAUCUUCCCGCCACCGAUGUCAUCAUAUGCUUCCACAACGAGGCGUGGUCGGUGUUGUUGCGGACAGUGCACUCAGUGUUGGAUCGUUCGCCGCCAGAGUUGAUUAACAAAAUCAUACUAGUCGACGAUUUCUCCGAUAUGCCACAUACCAAGCAACAGCUGGACGAUUACUUUAGCUCCUAUCCAAAGGUGCAGAUAUUGCGUGCCCCCAGCCGUGAAGGUCUGAUACGAGCGCGACUAUUGGGCGCACGCCAUGCCACUGCGCCAGUGGUAACGUACUUGGAUUCGCAUUGCGAGUGCACCGAAGGUUGGCUUGAACCUCUGCUGGAUCGUAUCGCUCGCAACAAAACCACCGUCGUUUGUCCGGUCAUCGAUGUCAUUGAUGAUACAACAUUGGAAUUCCAUUUCCAUGAUUCGGGCGUAGUGAAUGUGGGCGGUUUUGAUUGGAAUUUACAAUUUAAUUGGCAUGCAGUGCCGGAACGUGAACGCAAGCGACGCCAGAACACCGCUGAGCCCGUCUAUUCACCUACCAUGGCCGGUGGCCUUUUCUCCAUUGAUCGUGAGUUCUUCGAACGUCUAGGCACCUAUGACUCUGGCUUCGAUAUUUGGGGUGGAGAGAAUUUGGAAUUGUCAUUCAAGAGCUGGAUGUGCGGUGGUAGAUUGGAGAUUAUACCCUGCUCACAUGUUGGCCAUAUAUUCCGCAAACGUUCACCGUAUAAGUGGCGUUCCGGUGUUAAUGUGCUGAGGAAGAAUUCCGUUCGCUUGGCUGAAGUUUGGUUGGAUGACUAUUCGAAAUAUUAUUAUCAACGCAUUGGACAUAACAAGGGUGAUUACGGAGAUGUUAGCUCACGCAAAGCGCUCAGAGAGCGACUGGGUUGCAAGAGCUUCCAAUGGUAUCUGGACAAUGUCUAUCCCGAACUAUUUAUACCCGGCGAUUCAGUGGCGCAUGGCGAGAUAAGAAAUCUAGGCGUUGGCGGUCGCACAUGUUUGGACUCUGCAGCGGACAAAAAGAGUUUGAAGAAGGCAGUUGGGCUGUAUCCCUGCCACAGGCAAGGCGGCAAUCAGUACUGGAUGCUCAGCAAAGCGGGCGAAAUACGACGCGAUGAGGCCUGUCUUGAUUAUGCUGGCCACGAUGUGGUACUGUAUCCAUGUCACGGUUCCAAAGGAAAUCAGUUCUGGAAAUACAACCAGCAGAAGCGGCAAAUUCGACACGGUCCGUCAGAUAAGUGUCUGGCCAUUUCGGAGAAGAAAGACAAAGUGCUCAUGGAAGAGUGUGAUUCGAAUCAACUGCGCCAACAAUGGAAGCUCGAGAAUUACGAUGCGUCGAAAUUGUGAGG